CAGCGUUGUGUAUUUUAUUGUAAUUUAAUUUUGUUAAAAUUAAGUAAUUCUUCUUUAUCAAGUGUAAGCUUAAUUUCCAUCAUGAGCAUGAACAGCAUGAAUGCGCUGCCCGCGCAGCCUACGGGUAUUCAGAGUACUGCAGGAGCUGUACCAAUUCGAAAUGAAAAAGGUGAAAUAUCUAUGCAAAAGGUGAAGGUACAGAGGUACAUAUCUGGUAAGAAACCUGACUACGCUCAGGGUGCCUCGUCCUCGGAAGAGUCUGACACUGAGGACUUCAUAGAGCAGCAGAGACCAGAGCGGAGACAGCAGACAUUGCCACAAGUGAUCAGUCGAAAAGAUGAUCACAGUGAUUCUGAGGGAGAGGUGGACGACCCGCGUCUUCGCCGUCUGCGUGUGGCCGCGCGGUCGCCGCCCCGCCGCGCCGAACACAAGCCCGAGAUCAUCGACGCCGAACCAGAGGCAGAGUCGGCCUCGAGUGCUGAAGAGCAACAUGACAGCUCGGAGAGCGAGGACGAGCUGGAUGAGGAGGAGAUUGAAAGGCGGCGGCAGGCGCUUAAGGCUAAAUUAGCGGCUAGAGAGGCAGAGCGAGAAGUUCUGGGCCGGGAAGAGGAUGAGGAAAUGCUGGAUGGCAUUAAAGAGGAAAGUGGCUCCUCAGACACAGAGUACACAGACAGCGAAGAGGAUACUGGGCCAAGAGUGAAACCGGUGUUCGUCAGAGCGUCAGACAGAAUGACGGUGGCAGAGCGAGAGCGCAAAGCGAAACAGCAGAAGAAGGAAGAGUCGGAGGCUCGCAAGGAGAAGGAGGAAAAGAGACGGGAAGCGUUGAAGUUAGUUGAGGACACAAUCCGAUCCGAGCAGCGGAGUACACAGGGCGAGCAAAAGGAGGGUAAUAUAAAUGACGUAUGUACCGAUGAUGAAAACGACGAGGUAGAAUAUGAGGCGUGGAAACUGCGCGAGUUGAAGCGGAUAAAACGAGACAAGGAGGAAAGAGAGGCUGCCGAAAAGGAGUUGUUGUCCAUCGAGCGCAUGCGCAACAUGACUGAGGAAGAGCGGCGCGUGGAACAGAGGCUGAACCCCAAAGUGGUCACCAACAAGUCCGUCAAGGGCAAAUACAAGUUCCUACAGAAGUAUUAUCACAGAGGUGCCUUCUAUUUGGACAAAGAAGAAGAUGUAUUCAAACAAGACUUUUCGGGGGCAACAUUGGACGAUCACUUUGACAAGACUGUUUUACCUAAGGUGAUGCAAGUGAAGAAGUUCGGUAGGUCCGGCCGCACCAAGUACACGCACCUGGUGGACCAGGACACCACGGAGUUCGACUCGGCGUGGAGCGGCGACGCGGCCGCCGCGCGCCUCGCCGGCGCGAGGGGCGGCCUCAAACAGGUGUUCGACCGGCCCUCGGCCAAGCGGAAACACACUGUGUAG